AUGGCGAGCUCCGUGUCAGUGAGGAGUAAAGUGUGGAGUGAAGUGGAGCGGUUUGUCAGUCCGGGGAGAGGAAACGGAUUACGGGCUCUGGCUGAACUGAAACCCGGGCACCUGGUUUACUCCUCAGAGCCGUUCGCUUUCUGUGUGGCCGAAAGGUUUUUAAAAUCUACCUGCCAGACCUGCCUGUGCAGGGAUAAGAGUUUAUUGAGAUGUUCUCAGUGUAAGAGUUCUCGCUACUGCAGCGUUCAGUGUCAGAAACGGGCAUGGCCUGAACAUAAAAGAGAAUGUGAACGUCUCAGGCAUGUGCACCCGAGAGUUCCCACUGACUCAGUUCGACUUACAGCCAGAAUCAUCUUUAAACUGCUCAGUGAUCCUGCAGCAGACUCGCAGGAGCUUUACUCUAUAACUCAACAUCAAUCACAUCUGGAGGAGAUGAGUGAGGAGAAGAGAGAAGGUCUGGCUCAGCUCUGCUCCGUGUUAAAGUCCUAUCUGGAUUUUGAUAUUUCUCAGCUGCCGAAUGGUCUGGAUGCCAUGAGUCUUCUUGCAAGGGUAAUGUGUAACUGUUUCAGCGUAAGUGAUGGAGAGCUGCAGGAUGUGGGAUUAGGACUGUACCCCAGCAUGUCUCUGUUAAACCAUGACUGCAGGCCAAACUGUGUGAUGAUGUUUGUGGGAAAGAAACUUGAACUACGAGCUAUACGAAAAAUCCAGCCAUUAGAGGAGCUGUGUAUCAGUUAUACAGAUAGUUUAGCUCCUCGUGUGGAGAGACGAACUCACCUGCUGGAUCAGUUUCACUUCCUGUGUCGGUGUCAAAGAUGCAGUGAUGACCAGAGUGACUGUACCAUGUUAGAAGGGGAGGAGUCCAGGUGGAUGAUUAUUCGAGACUUGCUGCCUCAUCUGGAAACCCUGCGACAUGAAGAGAAGUGGGCGGAGCUUCAGGGGGCGUGUCAGGAUUUGAUUAAUGCACACUCGGCCGCAGUCCCAGACUCUAACGUCUACAUGCUGAGGGUCCUGGACUCGCUCAUGGACGCCUGCAUCAGCCUGAGUCAGUUCGAGACCGCGCUGCAGUACGGCACCAGGACCCUGACAGGAUAUCUGUUACAUUAUCCUGAUCCUUACCCGUCACACGCAGUGGAGCUGCUGAGAGUCGCCAAACUGCAGCACUACAGCGGAGACGUGGAGCAGGCCGAGAGAACCUUCACACAGGCGUAUGACGUGAUGAAGGUGACUCAUGGAAGCGAUCACCCCCUCGUUAGUGAAGUCUGCAGGAAGCUGGCUGAAUGUCAGGCUGAGAGACGACGGCUUUAAUAACAGCCUUUUAUAUUUUUAUAUUCAAAUUAAUUUUUACUGCAAUUAAAUAUCCAACUUUAUUAUUCAGUGUCUAAUUCUUAGUGCAUUGCUGAAUAAUAAAUGUGAACUUCACUCGA